GGUGACACUUGCGCACUUUCAGUACACAAACGGGUUAUUCUGGCCAAGCCGGGAGAGUUGACACUGAAAACCUCUGCGCCACUCUGCUAAUUCCGCUUAUUUGUUCAUAUCUGAAGAAAGGCGGCUGCACAUCAGCAAACCAUUCCCGUGAAACCAGGAGCCAGGCUGCGCGAGCGUAAACAUGACAGCCCGGCUCGGCACGUGCUAAGCCCCGACCCGCGGCCGCCACGCAAGCUACGUCAGCGGGUCGCGCGACGCGUCUUUGCACGGGAACGUGACGUUGUUUUUGUUUGGCGACCUCGCGCUACGAAACCGCACCGCGGAGGAAAAAAAAAAAAAAAAAAAGACAGAUUAAUAAAACGCCAUCGACGCUACUGCGUAUUCGCGUCCAUUACUACCAUUCGGCUCGUUUCGUGGCUCCUUCUCUUGCGGUAUUUUCAUUCGGGCUGCGUGCGUGUCAGACGGGGGGGGAACCCGGGGGGAUGGGUGAAGGGUGAAAGUUGAAAGGUGGCUGUUUUGUUGUCUUUGUGUGAAAGAGUGGAGCUUCAUCUCGCAGCGAGCUUUCUUCCCUUCUUCCCGAGUCCUUCUCUGACGCUCCCCCGGGCCCCGGGGUGCACACCCUCCCGAACCUCUCCCCCUCUGCCCUCGGAACCCUGCCCUCCCCCGGAACGCGCCUGGAAGCGGCCAGGUCAGAUUCCAUUCUUUUGACCAAAGACACCCAACUAUUUGACUAUCCAGGUUCCGUCACCCUACGCUGCAGCAAUGGACUCCGGUGUGAUUGAAGGAGGGCUUAAUGUCACUCUGACCAUCAGGUUGCUCAUGCACGGCAAGGAAGUUGGAAGUAUUAUAGGCAAAAAAGGUGAAUCUGUAAAGAAAAUGAGAGAAGAGAGUGGUGCACGCAUCAACAUCUCAGAGGGGAACUGUCCGGAGAGGAUAAUCACCCUGGCAGGGCCCACUACCGCCAUCUUCAAAGCCUUCUCGAUGAUUAUUGAGAAGCUUGAGGAGGAUAUAAGCAGCUCCAUGACAAACAGCACAGCCACCAGCAAGCCACCCGUGACUCUUCGCAUUGUGGUACCGGCCAGCCAGUGUGGCUCGCUCAUCGGCAAAGGUGGCUGCAAGAUCAAGGAGAUCAGAGAGUCAACAGGUGCACAAGUUCAGGUAGCAGGGGAUAUGCUUCCAAACUCCACAGAGCGAGCCAUCACCAUUGCAGGCACUCCCCAAUCCAUCAUUGAGUGUGUCAAGCAGAUCUGUGUGGUCAUGCUUGAGUCUCCUCCAAAGGGUGUUACCAUCCCAUACAGACCCAAGCCGUCAGGCUCUCCUGUUAUCUUUGCAGGAGGUCAGGCGUAUGCCGUUCAAGGACAGCACGCGAUUCCACAGCCUGAUUCUGCCUCUAUUUCUCCACAGCUCACUAAACUUCACCAGCUGGCUAUGCAGCAAAGUCCCUUUCCACUGGCCCCCAGCAGCCAGGGCUUUUCUGGAAUCGAUGCCUCCGCUCAAAGCAGUUCCCAUGAGAUGACCAUUCCAAAUGAUUUAAUUGGCUGCAUUAUCGGCCGCCAGGGUGCCAAGAUCAAUGAGAUUAGGCAAAUGUCUGGGGCCCAGAUCAAGAUCGCCAACCCAGUGGAAGGCUCCACUGACCGGCAGGUCACCAUCACUGGAUCGGCUGCCAGCAUCAGCCUGGCAGAAUACCUCAUCAAUGCCAGGCUCUCCUCCGAAGCAACAGGACUGGCAACCAACUGACACAUGACACUGCAUCUGCACUAAGCCCCAACACACACUUUUUACCAUCAGCUCCUUCUAAAGUGGUUAAUGCAAAAAUCCAAUUUUUCCAGCUGUUUACCUUAUAUUAUAUUUAAGCCCGUUACUAAGUUUUUCUGCCUUCCUAUUUAUUUUUUCACCAUUAGACUUUUUGUUUUUAAUUGCCUAUGAAUUAUUCUGGUGGUUUUAAGGAUGUUCUUUUGAUAGGGGAACACUUCUGUACUUUCCCUGUCAUUGUGACUUUACCAUCCCAAGAAUUCCAAGAGGAAAAAUCUGAUUAGGCAUAAGAUUUAGUUCUGUAAUGCCAGAUUUUUUCUUUAAAUUUAAACAAAAAUAAAAUAUAAAAGGAAAAAAUGCUGUUUUCUGCGUUUAAUUUUCCGUUUGUAUUUUUGUUUCCUAGAGCACCUGACAUCCUUGCUAAUUUGUGAACCCUUUCCAUGUUUGAAAAUGGUGACUCUCAAACACAUUUUUGGAAGUUCUUGACAAAAUGGGAAUGUUGUUGUUCAAUCAGGCAAAAAGAAAGAUGCUGAACUUGUUCACUUAUGCUGUUGGGUUAUUUGAACUAAUAUACACCACUUUGUAAUGGUAUACAUCUUAAUUAUAAAUUGUCAUUCUUAUUUCUGCAUCAGACUCUUUGCCCUAUUGUUUCUGAAUUGUCAAGAGGUGUUUGUAUUUGAGAUGGGGGGGGGGGUUUGGGGGCAGGGUGUAACACUGAGGCAGAGCCUUUCUUCUUUAUUUUCUCUAAAGACUGCUACUGAACUAAGUUGGAAUAUUUGUUUUAAUUGGAGAAAAAAAUAUAUUUUUUUAUCUACCAAAGAUGACUUCAGAUGACUGACAGAUCUGUUAUUUAUGCUGACACAAGGUGGCGAUAAUGGAUUAACACUAGUUUCCUGCUUCUCUCUGCUCAAAUUUGUUUUUUGCAGGAAAGAAACUUUGCAUGUUUUCAAAAACAUUGUAGACUUGAGCGCCACAGAAUUGUUGGGGAAAAAAUACAGAAUUAAAAUAUGAAAUGCUACAA